AUGGGCCACCCCGCUGUGCCCACCGCCAUCCUGCUCUGCCAGCUGGGGCUCGCCGCGGCCAUCCAGUGGCUGGGGCUGGCGGAGAGCGGCAGCAGGGUGGCCUGGGACGAAAGCCACCACUGCCGGCUGCUGGCUGGGAUGGUGCCCGACCAGUUCCAGAUGUGCCGGAGGAACCUGGAGGUGAUGCACAGCGUCGUCCAGGCUGCCGCCGAGACCGUGAGCGCCUGCCAGAGGACCUUCGCAGGCAUGAGGUGGAACUGCUCCUCCAUCCAGCGCGCCCCCAGCUUUGGUCCUGACCUGCUGAAAGGGACCAGGGAGUCCGCCUUCGUCCACGCCCUGGCUGCGGCCGCCGUCGCCCACUCCAUCGCCCAAGCCUGCGCCUCGGGGUCGCUGCCCCUCUGCUCCUGCGGCUCUGCCCCCUCCGAGGUGCCGGGCCCCGACUUCCGAUGGGGCGGCUGCGGGGACAACCUGCGCUACGGCCUCCAGCUCGGCGCCGCGUUUGCUGACAGCCCCUCGAAAUCCAGCAGGCCGGGAAGGCAGGCCCUCAGGGCCGCGAAUCUGCAUAACAACGCGGUGGGCAGGCAGGUGCUGGGUGACUCCUUGGAUACCAAGUGCAAAUGCCACGGUGUUUCAGGCUCCUGUUCGGUUAAGACCUGUUGGAAGGGGCUGCCAGGCCUGGGCGAAAUCGCUUCUGAGCUCAAGUCCAAGUACCUGGCAGCCGUCAGGGUGACCCACCGGCUCAUCGGGCCCAGGAAGCAGCUGGUACCCAAAGAAACAGACGUCAGGCUGCUGAAAGAGACGGAUCUGGUUUACCUCAUCAACUCCCCUGACUACUGCGUGCCCAAUGUCCACCUGGGGUCUCAGGGGACGCAGGACAGGCAGUGCAACAAGAGCUCCGUGGGCAGCGAGGGCUGCGACCUGAUGUGCUGCGGCCGCGGCUACAACGCCUACACGGAGGAGGUGGUGGAGAGGUGUCACUGCAAGUACCACUGGUGCUGCUACGUGGUGUGCAAGAGGUGCCGGCGGCUGGUGGAGAGAUACGUCUGCAAAUAG